CUAAAAUAAACGCGAUUUUUCAAUUUUCCGAUUUUCGCCUUUAAUUUGUGUCUAAAUUGCCACGAAAAUUGCUCAAAACUGUGAGAAAACGUGCUCCAAGUGACGCAAAAUCGGAAACGCAACCCCACAAUUGCCGAUAAUUUCGUAAAUCCCCAAAAAAAUGCAAAAUCUACUUCGGCAUUGAUUAUCUCGUCAGCACAGAAUCAAGCAUCAAGUAACUUUUUUUUCUAAAAUUUCUCAAUAAAUUUGCACAAAAGCACAAGUGCGAUCGGUAAUAUUUUGCCAUUUAGGACAAGAAUCGUCGUGAGACACGCAAUAACGGGUAAAAGGACGUCGCUUCUGCGGGAAAAGCACAAAAUAUGUCUUUCCAGCCGCCGCCGUUCAUGAUGCCGCCGAUGGUUCCCGGCGCAGGACUUCCCCCAAUGAACCAACCGCCGCCUAAUUUUCGCCCAAUUGGGGCAACAACGAUCGGAUCGCAGCCCCAAAUGUACCCGAAACCCGCUCCAAUGCCGCAACAAAACGAACCCGAAGGUCCCUUAAUCACAGUUUUCGUCGGAAAUAUCAGCGAAAAGGUCCCCGACACGAUGAUCAAGCGAAUUCUCGACACGUGCGGCACCGUCGUGAAUUGGAAACGCGUUUCAACCUUCGGAUUUUGCGAAUACGAUGGACCGAUAGCAGGCGCACGUGCCGUUCGUCUCUUGAACGACUUGGAAAUCGACGAGAAAAAACUCGUCGCGAAAGUUGAUGCCAAGAACAAGGCGCUGCUCGACGACUACACGGAGGAAACGAACAAAGAUGCCACGCAGGCGACUUUAGACGCCAAUGCAGCGACAGAAAAGAAGGACGACAGAUCUGCGGUUGACGUUAUUGCGGAAAUUAUCGAAGAAUAUGCCGAGCAAAUCAAAAAAGCGGCAAAUCCGAAUGAACCGCAUCACAAAACGCAUAAACCGCUGGCGACGGCGAACAUCGAGGAGGAGAAACGUGACUUGAUUAGUCAGGAAAUCGGAAAAUUUCGCAAGUACACGGAGGAAAUGGAGGCGAAAAAGGAGGAAAGGAAGCGUCGUGAGGAAGCAAGAGCAGAAAAAAAGAAAGAACGUGAGGUUUCGGCAAAUGCAGCGACGGAAGAGGAACCUGCGAAACGAGAAAAAGACAAAAAAUCAAAAAGACGAAGUCAUUCGAGGUCCCGAACAAGCGAAUCGCCGCCUCCAGCAAGACGCGACAAGGAAAGACGUCGACGACGAAGCCAUUCGAGAUCGAGGGAACGUGAAAUGGAACGCGAACGUCAAGAGAGACGAGAACGGGAAAUGGAACGAGAACGUCGCGAAAGAGAAGCUGAACGUGAAAGACGGGAACGUGAGAGAGAAAGAGAACGCGAAAUCGAUGCUCCGCCAAAAGUCAUCAAAAACCUCAAAGAGCUCCAACGUGAAAAAGAAAUCGAAGAUGAGAUGCGUGAACGGAAAAAGCAAGAAAAGAAGACGCGAGAAAAAGAAACUGCGUAUCAAGAACGUUUACGAAAUUGGGAGAAUCGUGAGAGACGUAAGACGAAGGAAUAUGAUCGAGAACGUGAGAUUAACAGAUGUAAAGAGGAAGAACGAGAAAAAGAAGCUAAGAGAUUGAAGGAAUUUUUGGAAGAUUACGACGACGAACGUGACGACCCCAAAUACUACAAGGGCAGAGAGUUACAACGAAGGCUUGCGGAUCGCGUACGCGAAGCAGAUCAAGAUGCCAAGGAUCGCCAACGUGAACAAGAAGAGUUAGAGGAGCUCAAAACGAAGAUUUUCAGCGGAGAGUACGACAAUCCAACGCAAGAAUUUGAAAAACAAAAGAAAGAACGCGAAGCCCUUUACAAGCCGAAAAUACUCGUUGACGCGAACCCGGAGACGCAGCACGAGCGCGAAUUGCAACGCGAAAAGGAACGGAUAGCGGACAAAUUGCGAGCCAAGGAGCGCAAAGAACGUUACUUGAAUCAGCAAAUUUCCCGCAAUCUCGAAGGAAUGGAUGCCGAGCCAAUUGAGUCGGAUGACUCGAAUGUGGAAACGCCGCCGCCGCACGCGCAAGGCAAUCAUCAUAACAAUCAUACGCCGAGCAACAACCAACUUGACGGCCGAAUAUCAUCACAGUCGUCGCAUCAUGGCGGCGCGAACGACGAUGAUUCGCGAAUUUCGAUGCAAUCUGCGGGCGGUACUCCGAUGGGCGAGAGCCCACAAACGACGCCGAAUGCGUUACCAACGUUCCAAGUCAGUCUUAGUCUUAACACGAAUGCGAAGAAGAAGAAGCUCGUUAGCGACGUGUUCCAAAAUGACGACGAUCAAGAAGAUAUCAAUGGACCGAAGAAACGAAAAUUAGUUCCUUUAGACUACGACGAUCAACAGUCCAAAGUACUGGCAAACACGCACGCAACCGCAAAAGCAAAUGUUCAAACGUCCUCCAGCAAAUCAUCCAGCAGUGCUCGCGCGAAAGAAGAAGCUGCCGCCAACAACAAGAAGAGCGACGAGGAGAAACGCCGCCAUAUCAAAGGCAUCAUCGACAAAAUUCCAACGGAAAAGAACCAACUUUUCAGCUAUCCGCUCGACAAAACGGAAAUUGACAGCACGAUCGAGAAGAAAAUCCGCCCGUGGAUCAACAAGAAGAUCAUCGAGUACAUUGGCGAACCCGAACCGACUCUCGUCGACUUUAUUUGUUCGAAAGUUCUUGCCGGCAGUACCCCUCAAGGUAUUUUAGAUGAUGUACAAAUGGUAUUAGACGAGGAAGCUGAAGUAUUUGUCGUGAAAAUGUGGCGUUUAUUGAUCUACGAAGUCGAGGCAAAAAAACUUGGAAUAUCGAAAUAGGACAAAAAUCGUCAAGUACCAUUAAAAAAAACACUCGUGUGAAGCAACGCGACGCGGAAUAAGGAAUAUUAUUCAGUAAUAAAUAUAAUAAUUUUUAUUUCUAACAACGGUUCAGUCAAUAA